CUGAACAGUGGCAAAAAAUAUCAUAUUAAUGUUGGAAGUUGAUGUGGUGUCGGUGUAUGUCACCGGGGUUAUUUCCAUCGAUAAAUAGUGUUGCAGUGCGAUAAGAUGUUAUUUAAAAUCCAGUGAAAGGAUUCAUGUUGACGCGUUGUGUUACUUUUGUUUGUGUUUAGACAGGACUGUUUGAUUUGUGAUGGCUUUGGGCAAUGGUAGCACCCCGAACGGGGGUGUUACCCAAGAAAAAGCACCAGUGGUCAAUGGGACUAACAUGGAAACGUUGCCUAGGACAGGGAAACAGACUGAUCCGAAUACGGCUUUUUUAAGGGCAGCUAGAGCGGGACAGCUGGAUAAAAUCCAGGAAUAUCUGGAUUCGGGGACUGUUAGGGACAUAAAUACGUCAAAUGCGAACGGUCUCAACGCCCUUCACCUCGCCUCCAAGGAGGGACACGUGGAGAUCGUCAGGGAGCUGCUGAAGAGGGGCGCUAUCGUCGACGCCGCCACCAAGAAGGGCAACACCUCGUUGCACAUCGCUUCUCUUGCCGGACAAGAAGAAGUGGUCCGGUUACUGGUGCAACAUGGCGCUUCCCUCAACGUUCAGUCCCAAAACGGAUUCACACCACUUUAUAUGGCUUCACAAGAAAACCAUGAUGGUGUCGUUCGGUAUUUACUGUCGAAAGGAGCAAAUCAAACUCUUGCCACGGAGGAUGGUUUCACCCCUCUCGCUGUUGCCAUGCAGCAAGGCCACGACAAAGUGGUCGCAGUACUACUAGAAAACGACACGAGAGGCAAAGUAAGAUUGCCGGCGCUGCACAUAGCCGCCAAGAAAGACGACGUGAAAGCCGCUUCCCUCCUCCUCCAAAACGAACACAACCCCGACGUAACCUCAAAAAGUGGUUUCACCCCUUUACACAUAGCCGCCCAUUACGGUAACGAUAAAGUCGCUUCCUUGCUUUACGAGAAAGGUGCUGACGUUAACUACACCGCUAAACAUAACAUAACGCCCCUCCACGUCGCUUGUAAAUGGGGGAAGAUCAACAUGGUCACGUUGUUGGUGGCGAAGGGUGCCGACAUCCAAGCGAAAACUAGAGACGGUUUGACGCCCCUUCAUUGUGCAGCCAGAAGUGGUCACGAUCAGGUUGUUGAUAUGUUGUUGGAGAACGGUGCUCCGAUGCAUGCCAAGACGAAGAACGGUUUGGCCCCCUUGCACAUGGCUGCACAAGGCGAACAUGUAGACGCCGCCAGGAUUUUACUCUACCACGGAGCUCCUGUAGACGAGGUAACGGUGGAUUAUCUGACGGCCCUUCACGUCGCCGCCCACUGCGGCCACGUUAGAGUGGCGAAAUUACUCCUAGACAGAGGCGCCGACCCUAACGCUAGAGCUUUGAACGGUUUCACGCCCCUACACAUAGCCUGCAAGAAAAACCGAUUAAAAAUGGUGGAGCUUUUACUGAAACACGGAGCUAGUAUAAGCGCCACGACUGAGAGCGGCCUGACGCCUCUCCACGUCGCCAGUUUCAUGGGAUGCAUGAACAUCGUCAUCUAUUUACUUCAACACGACGCCAGUCCCGAUAUACCCACCGUCAGGGGCGAAACCCCGUUGCAUCUGGCCGCUAGGGCGAACCAGACGGAUAUAAUAAGGAUACUUCUUCGGAACGGAGCGGCAGUCGAUGCAAAAGCGAGAGAAGAACAAACGCCGCUGCACGUCGCCUCCAGGCUUGGCAACGUCGACAUCGUCAUGUUGUUACUGCAGCACGGCGCCCAGCCUCACGCCACCACUAAGGACCUGUACACGCCGCUUCACAUUGCCGCUAAGGAAGGGCAAGAGGAAGUCGCUUCCGUUCUGCUGGACAACGGCGCCGACCUGACCGCCACGACCAAGAAGGGCUUCACGCCCCUCCACCUGGCGGCGAAGUACGGCCACCUAAACGUGGCGCGUCUCCUGCUCCAACGCGACGCGCCCGCCGACGCCCAGGGAAAGAACGGCGUUACGCCCCUCCACGUCGCCGCCCACUACGACCACCAGCCCGUCGCUCUGCUGUUGCUGGACAAGGGCGCUUCGCCCCACGCCACCGCCAAGAACGGACAUACUCCGCUGCACAUUGCUGCACGCAAAAAUCAGAUGGACAUUGCAACAACCUUAUUGGAAUAUGGAGCUCAAGCGGACGCAGAGUCUAAAGCUGGAUUUACACCCUUACACUUAAGUGCGCAAGAAGGCCAUUCCGACAUGUCUUCCCUGCUAUUAGAACAUCAAGCCAAUUCCAAUCACGCAGCCAAGAACGGUCUUACGCCGCUUCACCUCUGCGCCCAAGAUGACCGAGUCCCGGUCGCUCAACUGCUGCUGAAAGCCGGCGCGCAGAAGGACGCCCAGACCAAGCAGGGCUACACGCCACUGCACGUCGCCUGCCACCACGGCCACGUCAACAUGGUACGCCUCCUGAUCGAACAAGGGGCCGAGGUUAACCCCGUCACAUCGGCGGGCUACACGCCGUUGCAUCAGGCCGCGCAGCAGGGACACGUCCUCGUCAUCAGCCUGUUGUUGAAGAAUAAGGCCGAUCCCAACGCCGUGACGAAUAGCGGCCAGACGGCCCUGGGAAUAGCGAAUAAACUUGGGUAUAUCAGUGUGGUGGAGGAGCUGAAAGUGGUUACGGAAACGAACAUCACUACGACGACGACGGUGAACAUAGAGGAAAAAUACAAGGUUGUCGCUCCGGAGGCUAUGCAGGAGACGUUCAUGUCCGACUCGGAGGACGAAGGCGGCGGAGUGGACGAGCCUCCCGUGGCUUAUGGUCGACCGACGCAUGCUCAGCACGUCUAUCUACCCUUCUACCAGGGACACAUGACCUACACACGUGACGAUCCACUGUUGGGCGACAAGCACCAGUACAACUACAUGACAGUCGACGAUAUGAAGUCCCUCGGCGACGAUUCCAUGCGACUCGACGUCACCAGCGACGAGAAGAGCGAGCACAACAGAAACUCGAUGGCUCCGUCGCACAUUAGUAACGAACUCAUCAUAACGCCGCACGCCGUGAAGGAGUAUUACGCGUCCAACGCUUAUUCCGCGCCCGACAACGUGGACAUCAACAGGCAGCCGAUCACGGC